UUCGAUGCCCGCUUUUGACUAUGAAUACGAAUAUUGGUUAGAGUUUCAUGACACAUUUUUAUCACUUGUUCACAAUUCUACUGAAAUUAGUAAAAAUUCAGAAUUUCCAAUAUCUAAAAUCAUCAAUAAAGGCAGCGCAGAGUUAGUGAUCGAUUCAUUACAAUUUUCCGCCGCUAAUUAUUCAGCUGAAUGGGAAUUGUUUUUUUUUAUUUAUUUAUCUUGGAAAACCAACAGCUGUAAAAAGAAUAUAAAUUACAAGCAUAAUAAACAAAAAGCCAAUUAUAGGUUUCCGUAUAUAGAUAUAGCUUAGAAAAGUCUAUGCAUGGUGUUUGAGGAUGUCGGUGCCAAGUGUCCGUUGACCUUA